UUUCUUCGCUGCUGCUGCUCAUACGCAAUCCCUGGAUAGGUGGUUGCCAUGGAUUCCUGGGUCACAUGCGUGGGUUUCCUGUAGCCAGAAGCAGCAGAAGAUGCUUGGACCAAAAAAUCCAGAGCCAUUUUCAUUCAAGAAAAAGAGAGGAUCCGCUGUGGAUGGCUUGCUGACUGACUGGGUGGCCUGACUGACUACACCCGUCUCCUUAUAACUUGAGCUCCUUUUUAAAAAAAAAAAGAUAUAUCUGAGGUGCAUGCUUUUGAUUAUUCCAAAUUCGCAGCAAACCGGUUUUGUCCACAUUCAUAGACUGAUAACAGGAAUGAGUAUAGAAAUUCCUGAAGGACUGACGGAGCUGUUACAGAGCUUUACCGUGGAAGUGUUGAGGAAUCAGCCAAGGGAUUUGCUCGAGUUUGCGUUACAGUACUUCACCCAGCUGAAGGAAAGCGAGACCAAAGAGGCCUCAUUUGGCAAUGACCAAAAUUCGGCCCCAAGACCUGGAAAAGCGGUCAAUUUCAUUGACGAAGCCAUGCAGAUUGACUCGGAAAACGGAGAAGAGGAGGACGACGAUGACGAGGAAUUCAUAGCCCCGGUAAUCAACAGAUUCAUCAGAAGAGCAUCAGUGUGUGCUGAGGCGUUCAAUCCUGAUGAAGAUGAGGAGGAUAAAGAGCCAUGGGUCACACACCCAAAAACCGAUGAGCAGAGACAGAGAUUACAGGAAGCAUGUAGGGACAUUCUUCUGUUCAAGAAUUUGGAUCCGGAAGAGAUAUCCCAGGUGCUGGAUGCCAUGUUUGAGAAGUUCUGCACCGAAACUGAACACAUCAUUGAUCAAGAUGAUGAUGGGGACAAUUUCUAUGUUAUUGAAAGUGGGACAUUUAACAUUUUCGUGAAGAUUGAUGGUACAGAGAAGCUGGUAGGCUGCUAUGACAACCGAGGCAGCUUUGGAGAACUGGCGUUGAUGUACAACACCCCCAGGGCAGCCACAAUAAUCGCCACCUCGCCUGGAGCCCUUUGGUGCCUAGAUCGUCUGACAUUCAGGAGGAUCAUAGUGAAGAACAAUGCCAAGAAGAGGAAGCUGUAUGAGGCAUUCAUUGAAACACUACCACUGCUUACGUCAUUAGAGCUCUCAGAGAGAAUGAAGGUAGUAGAUGUAAUAUCCACCAAGGUGUACAAUGAUUCGCAGCAGAUUAUUGCUCAGGGGGAUCUAGCAGAUUGCUUCUACAUUGUUGAGUCUGGCCAAGUUAGAAUCACCAUGAAAAGAAGCAGGACGAAAAAAGACCAGGAGGAAGAGGAGGUGGAUAUUGCCACAUGCUCUAGGGGCCAGUAUUUUGGGGAGCUGGCGCUUGUUACAAACAAGCCCAGAGCUGCAUCUGCCUAUGCUGUGGGGAGUGUCAAAUGCUUGGUCAUGGACGUUAAAGCCUUCGAGAGGUUGUUGGGCCCGUGCAUGGACAUCAUGAAGAGAAACAUUGCUAACUAUGAAGAGCAGCUGGUGACCCUGUUUGGGAGUAGCACUGAGAUUGAGCAACAAAGUGCAUGAGAAGGCUCCAAUGGACCAUGAAUCAGUGGAUGGAAACAAACAAAACAAAAAGGCUUGUACGGAUGUUUUCCCCCAUAAUCACUUAAACAGCUUUUCUUACAAGAAAUGUGAAUAACCACUUCAACAUUUGUGUGUCAGAUAAAUGAAACAGAUUACGUCAGACCCCCAUAUGAGACUAAGUUAAGUUUUGCAGAGUGUUAUGAUGAAAGUAAAGUAAGCCAAAGCAGAGUUGCUUCAAGCUUGUUUAAAUUAGAUUUCUCACGACUCUAACCUUAAAAAUGUAAGUGUACAUUUUACUUGUCGGUGUCAGGCGAUAUUAUUUGUUUGUAUAUUGAACACUUUUGUUAACUCUCACCUUUUCUCCACAGUGUUAUAGUUAUACCUACAGAAAACUAUCAUUUGUAAAUUUCUAAUCAUUGUUUGUUCAAAUCAGAUGCCAAAGCUAAUUUCUUACUGGAUAAUUGUGAGCAAAUAUGUCACAUUUCUCUUGUCAUUUUUUGGCAAGAGCACUAACACUUGCAGCAAGAGGUGCACUGCUACAGAAGUGCUCCAACACUAAAGAAAGGAUAAACAAUUUGUAAAGGAAGUUGAUCUGAUUCUGUGUUCGAAUAACAUCUUUCACAUGUUGAUCACAACGGAAUGUAGACAUGGAAGUACUUUAACAUUUUUACAAAAUUAGUUUCUGUUUAACAUAAGAUUUAACCCCUUGAAUACAUGUUCAUAAACCGUAUAUCAUUGUUGGUUAGUGUUUGUGGCUGUUAGCCUGAUACUAUGCUUUUGCAGAAAAAAAAUAAACAAACAAAACAGAACAAAAAAAAAAAGAAGAAAAAACUUCAGAGAGAUAGCUGAUAGUUUUGUAA